CCGAACUCUUUGCGGACGCGGUCAGUUUGUCAAUUUAGCAGUGUAUCUACCACUUGGGUAAACUCGACGCAUUAUUAGAUCGGUAGUAACAUUGCGUUGUAUUAAUUGUUAUAUAUUUGUUGGAGACUUUUAGUGUAAAAAAAAUGAGUGAGAGUGUUAUUAGUAGAACUCUUGAAGAAGUGAAAGAUUCUGAAGGGUAAAGUGUACUGUGGGGAGGGCAUGAAGGAAAAUAAUGUGCUGUGAGUGGUGUGUUUCAUCUUCAUUCUAUCAUAAAAGUGUAAAGAAACCACCAUCGUCAUCCCCAACAUCAGCAAAAUGAAUUAUAGUGGCUGGUUGUGGACAUGUGCUCUUCUUCUGCCAAAACUAUUAAUUCUCGCAUCACCAGCAUCCAUCGUAAAAACUAUAGAAGGAGAAAAUGUACCCAUCUCUCUGGCGGAGGCAGUACAGGGAUCAAUGGCUCGAUUGCCAUGCAACAUAACACCCCCAGUUCCGGAUGACAAAAUCACACUUGUUAUUUGGUACAAGGAUGGCUACGUGACUCCAAUUUAUAGCUUCGACGCACGUGGAUCACAUUUGGAUGGGGGAUCACAUUGGUCUGAUGACACAUCAAUCGCUGGUCGGGGUAUUUUUCAAGCAAAAACUAAACCUGCCAUUUUAGCCUUACAAUCCUCUAGGAGCUCAGACUCUGGCAUCUACAGGUGUCGCGUUGACUUCCAGAAGAGCCCUACAAGAAACUCUAAAGUUAAUCUAACAGUCAUAAUUCCACCGGAGAAUGUGUUAAUUUUGGAUGAAAAAGGCCAUCACAUUCCACACUAUAUCCUCGGACCGUACAACGAGGGAGCUUCCGUGGAUCUUACCUGUGUUUCAACUGGAGGUCGCCCAGUACCGACUUUGGUCUGGCUGCAGGAAAACAGCGUCUUAGACGAUUCCUUCACAGUCACAGAGAAACGAGUGAAGAAUGUGCUGCAUCUGGAAAAAUUGCAGAGACAUCAUUUGCACACUGUUCUGACUUGUCAGGCGUCCAACAACAAUGUCACGACACCAAUUUCCAGUGCGAUCACACUUGAUAUGAAUUUACGACCACUAUGGGUGAAGCUCCAAGGUGAGAACCGAGCAUUAUCUGCAGGGCACUCCUACGAGCUAUGGUGCGAAGUGGUGGGCUCCAGGCCGGCACCCACUGUGACAUGGUGGAAAGGAAGUACCCCGAUGAGAGACACCCGGGAAACGACCAGUCCUGACGGAAAUACCACGAUUUCCGUGUUAACCUUUGUCCCAACAAUUGAUGAUGGUGGUAAAUUUCUCUCGUGUCGCGGCGAACAACCCCAAAUACCUGACUCUGGACUGGAGGAUGGCUGGAAAUUGGACAUUCAUCAUGUUCCCGUUGUUAGCCUGGAGCUUGGAAGUAAUUGGAACAUAACAACAAUACGCGAGGGUGCUGAUGUGUAUUUCGAAUGCAACAUUAAAUCCAACCCUUGGGUGUAUAAAGUCAACUGGCGACACAACGGCAAAUACCUGUACAAUAAUGCGGCUAGUGGUAUAAUUGUAGCUAAUCAGAGUUUGGUGCUCCAAAAUGUUAGCAGGGCAAGGAGUGGUGUCUACACGUGCAUCGGCAGCAACGAAGAAGGUGAUGGUGAAAGUAACCCCGUCACACUUGAUAUUAAAUUUGCUCCAGUUUGUCGUCCUGGUCAGGUCCAAGCGUAUGGCGUUGGGCGCCAAGAAACAGCAAAGAUAUCAUGCGAAUUGGAAGCAAAUCCCAAUGACUUAAAUUUCACAUGGAAGUUUAAUAAUUCGGCAAUGGAAUUUGUAGAUUUACCCGUAUCACAAAUGACUGUGGAUCGUGCCAAGAGCAUUAUGCACUACACACCAAUGACAGAACAGGAUUAUGGGACACUUUUGUGCUGGGGAAGCAAUGAAUUAGGUUUUCAAUUGGAACCAUGUAUUUUUACGAUAAAUCCUGCAGGAAAGCCAGAUCCACUGUCGAAUUGCACGGUGUUCAAUCAAACGGUGGACACCUUGCAGCUGGAGUGCAUCGAAGGCUACAACGGAGGUCUUCCACAGGAAUUCAUCGUCAGAGUAUAUGCAGCACGCUCCACGCAAGUAAUAGCAUCACAAACCUCCAAGAGCCCAUUUUUCGAAUUGAAAGGCUUAGAUCCGGAAGUAGGGUAUGACGUACACCUGGCCGCUAUGAACGAGAAGGGUAUGAGUGAGGAACGAGUUCAUCAUAUUCAUCGACUCAACAACAACGCGGAAAAGCACACAGACUCCUUUCUACCAUACAAAGGAUCUGUGCUUCACAUAAAAUUAUUCCUGGGCGCGUUGGCUGGGCUCGUGUUUGGCAUUAUCUUAAUUACAACUGCAACGUUGCUGCUAAUGAGAACACGGAGGCGGAAGAAGGCGAAUAACGUGUCCCAAGAGACAAUGUCGACAACAACAAAUGGAAGAAUUGUAUCCGGUCAGUCAAUUCCAGCAGCCGAGCAGCACCAACUCGGUGAUUCAUACACCACGGGAAGCACUGACAGUUUAGAUAAAAAUCCAGAUAUUAUACCUCAAGGAAAGGAAGACAGCGAAUUCGAUGACGAACGAGUUUUCCAUCGAUUCCAGCAACUUCCGCGACAAUAUUCAACGUUAGCAAUGGGUGGGAAAAAACAGCUUCCAGUUCAAUUUGCUGGACCGAUUGACGUCAACACCGGCGGCAUUUUGCAACAUCCUAUAGUGCACUACAGCAAUGACAAUCAGACAUUGACCUAUGCCGCUGAUAUCCAAACACCGUCAGGACAAUCGAAACAGAAAAUUAUCUACACGAGUGCAACCCUCGGAAGGCCCCGACAAAAGGAUGUCAGGAUUGCUGAACCCAACCUUUACACGCAAAUAGAUUUAGCACACAAUCUACUAUCGUCAAAUGGAAAAACGUCGAAUGUCCCGUAUCGAGAAUCACCGCCGCCAUCAGUGGCAAACACAUGGAUUCCGGUGAACCAGGCGCUUUCGCUGCGGUCAUGUCAAUUGCAGCAGCAGCAAAUCGAUGUAAGAGUACCACCUCCAAUUGUUUGCACAAGAGAAUCGGCUCCUGUGCAUCAAAUUCUUGUACCUGACCACAGAAAUUCACCUCUGUCCCCGCAAGUUCUGGAUUCAAGUGGCAUCAAUGUAUCGAGAUUUUGACAUCAGUCCCCUUCAAAUGGCUGAGGUGUAUUGCUUCUGGGGUCAUCUGGCCACUUACAAGAUAACGUCCAAUACUGCCCUGAAGACUUUCACAGGACCCUUCCUCACUGAAACACUUAAUUACGCAGGAGAAUUGACAGGCAUGAAAUCAAUUUGAAGCCCUACUACAAAGAACACUAUCGUCGAGAGAUCUUAUACGUAAAGCAACAACAAACGGUAUUGUAAAAUCAAAUAAACAUUUAGGACUAUAAGAAGAGAUUAAAUAAAUUGUUAGAAUUAUAAGAUUUUCACUUAGAAAAUUGAGAUGAUGGGGUUUUUGUACACAGACUUGAUAGGUAAAAUUGACUAAAGUGAAAAUGAAUAAAACGAAUGAUGCUAAAAGGUAUGAUAAAAAGAGGUAUAAUAUGGAGAUUUAAUUUUGGUAAAUUUGUCAAAAUAUACAAAAUUGAAUCUCCAUACUGCACCUAGUUUAAUUUAAAAAACCAUUAAAAGAAGAAUAGUAUUUAAAAUAAAUUGAAACCAUGUGGUAAAAGACAAUGUGACAUGAAUUUUCCCAAAUUAUUAUAUAGUGAGUGUAAAAUAAAUUUGAUUUUUCAUGCUUUUCUUUUUGUAAAAGAUAAAGGUAUAAACGUGUUAUAUUAUAUAAAUUUUGUCAAAUAAACCUGGAAAUCUUAAUGAUUAAUCAGCAAGAAAAAAAA